AUGGCGACUCCUCAAACAAGCACACUCGACAGCGUGGCUGAUCCCCUCCCCACGCUGGCGGUCAACGGGGUGAACGGACACAAUAGCACCUCCAACGCCAAAGAAUACGAUUACCCGCACCAUGUGCUGAACUAUCCGCGUCCGAUACGCAUCAUCGUCAUCGGCGCUGGCAUCGCAGGCAUCGCGGCUGUCAAGUUGUUCAAGGAGCGGCUCGAAAAGUCUGGAGUCAAGCUGACCAUCUACGAGAAGAAUGCUGACGUGGGGGGAACGUGGUUAGAGAAUAGAUAUCCUGGAUGUGCCUGUGACGUACCAGCCCAUGCAUACAACUUUUCGUGGGAAGGCAACCCCAACUGGUCCAUGGCAUAUGUCACCUCUGAAGAAAUCUUCGAGUACUACAAGGGCCGCGCCAAAGCGUACGGCGUCUACGAUCAUCUCCACACCCGACACCGCGUCGUUAGGGCGCAGUGGCACGAGGACCAAGGCGUGUGGCACGUCGAGGUCGAGGAUCUGGAGACCUCGCGAACGUUUACGGAUCAGGCUGAGGUGGUCAUCAGUGCGACAGGAUUCCUCAAUAAUUGGAAAUGGCCCGAGAUCGAGGACCUCGAUACCUUUCGCGGAUUCCUCGCACAUUCUGCGCGAUGGGACGAUUCGUUUGAUUUCUCUGGAAAGCGAGUCGCCGUGAUCGGUAACGGUUCCUCAGCAAUUCAGAUAGUCCCCAUCGUGCGAAAAGUCGCCAGCCAUCUCCUCUCGUUCAACCGCUCCCCGACCUGGAUCACCCCCGAGUUUGGGCUCGAAUUCGCCCCCGACGGCCGCGACACCAAGUUCUCCGAAGAACAAAAGAAAGCGUGGGCAACGGACCGAAGAGCACUCCUGAAAUACCGUAAGCGCGUGGAGGGCAGCAUGAACCAGAUCUACGACGUCUUGGUCAAGGACUCGCAGGUCCAGAAGGACAGUUUUCAGAGGUUUCAAAAGAACAUGAGACAGAGGCUGGGCAACAAGGAGUACUUGGCCGACAAGCUCAUACCGGAUUUUGCGGUCGGUUGUCGAAGAGUCACCCCCGGCCACGACUACCUCGAAUCUCUCGCAUCCGACAACGUCACGGUGGAAAGUGGGACGAUUCUCAAGAUUACACCAACAGGUCUGGAGAUGUUGGACGGCACUACGCACGAGGUCGACGCCAUCAUAUGCGCCACGGGGUUUGAUACGUCCUUCCGACCAGCGUUUCCCGUCAUUGGCGACAAAGGGACGGAUUUGCGUGACGAGUGGGCGACGGAGCCGAGAUCGUACCUGUCGAUCGCGGCGAGCGGGUUUCCGAAUUACUUUCUUUCAAGCGGACCCAACUUCCCCCUCGCCCAAGGAACCCUGAUCCCCUGCCUCGAACGCACCAUCAACUACGCGUACGACGCGGUCCUGAAGCUCCAACGCCAAGGCAUCAAAUCGCUGUCCCCGAAACCCGAAGCGGUGCAAGAAUUCCUCGAGCACAAGGACGCCGUGAUGCGCGACCUCGCCUGGUCCAGCGGGUGCCGGUCGUGGUACAAGCUCGGGAAGGUCGACGGCAAAGUGUGGGGUCCGUGGCCCGGCAGCGCGGUGCAUUUCCUCGAGGCGACGGAGCAGCCGCGCUGGGAGGACUGGGAGAUCAGGUACGUGGGAGGGAAUCGGUUCGCGUAUUUUGGUAGUGGGAAGACGCAGAGGGAGGAGGACGGGGGCGAUUUGACUUGGUAUCUCUCGGAGCCGGGGGCGUGA